AUGAGCUUUACUUCUUUGGGAGCUAAAAUUGAUACCUCUGUUGGCAACAAUAUCAAUGGGGCAUACAACUUCCGGAUUCACGGAACAAUUUGUCAUAGAAUUGGAUCUAUUUUGCCAGUGACAGAAUCUGAUAUCGCUCACCCAAAAUUCGUUCAGAUCUAUAUUUAUGAUAGUGCUGCUCAGAUAGAUCAAAGACAGUACCAUUCCCCACAAUUGGAGAGAAGUGUUUUGGAGAAGAUUCAGUCCAUUCUUAUGGAAACAAAUCCAUUUGUACAUCUCUUCAGAACAAUGGAUCAAAUUUCUUGGGAAAAGGGACAAUCUAUAGAUCUCACUUUGCGUUUAGUAGCUGAGGGGCCUUGGGAUCUAAGACGGUACAAUGCUCCAACUGCAAGUGAAAUAGCAGUUCUUAUUAUGAAUAAUGAAGAGGGUACUUCAAGAGACAUUGUGCUGCACACCAGAGCCAACUUCCAACAGAACAUCAAUGAGUACCACCGAUCGUAUGAUGCUUUACACUAUGUGCUACUCUUUCCACAUGGUGAAAAUGGUUGGACUAUUGAUGCCAGCUCAUUGUCAGGAGAGCAUGUCACAGUAAUGCAAUGGUACUCAAACCGUUUGAUAUAUUGA